GCUGCAGCUGGGCUUUGUGGAGCGGCCUUUUGUGGCGAGGAGGCGGCGGCAGGAGGCGGCGGCGGCGGGGCGAAGAAAAGCGGGGCCGAGGCCAGGGGGGCGAAGCCGGGCGAGAGGGAUCCAGAGGAACAAAGCCGGGUGCGCAGCAGCAAGCAGGCCAGUCGCCUCGCCCGUCCCCGCCCAGCAGCAGCCAGCGACAGCAGCCACCAUGACGGCCAACGGGACGACUUCGGAGUCGCUCCAGAUCCAGUUCGGCCUGAUCAACUGCGGCAACAAGUACCUGACGGCCGAGGCGUUCGGCUUCAAGCUCAACGCCUCGGCGCCCAGCCUGAAGAAGAAGCAGAUCUGGACGCUGGAGCAGGACGGCGACGACUCGAGCGUGGUCUUCCUCAAGAGCCACCUGGGCCGCUACCUGGCCGCCGACAAGGACGGGCAGGUGCGCUGCGACGCCGAGGCGCCCACCGCCGACUGCCGCUUCGCCAUCGUGGCGCACGACGACGGCCGCUGGUCCCUGCAGUCCGACGCGCACAAGCGCUUCUUCGGCGGCACCGAGGACCGCCUCUCCUGCUUCGCCCAGGCCAUCUCGCCCGCCGAGAAGUGGAGCGUCCACAUCGCCAUGCACCCCCAGGUGACCAUCUUCAGCCUGGCCCGCAAGCGCUACGCCCACCGCAGUGCCGCCGCCGAUGAGAUCGCCGUCCACCGCGACGUGCCCUGGGGCGUCGACUCCCUCAUCACCCUCCUCUUCCACCAGCAGCGCUACUGCCUCCAGACCUGCGACCACCGCUUCCUCCGCCACGACGGCCACCUGGUUGAGCGGCCGGAGCCCGCUGCGGGCUACACCCUUGAGUUCCGCGGCGGCAAGGUGGCCUUCCGGGACUGCCAGGGCAAGUACCUCGCCCCCUCCGGCCCCAGCGGCACCCUCAAGGCCGGCAAGAGCACCAAGGUGGGCAAGGACGAGCUCUUCGUCCUUGAGCAGAGCUGCCCCCAGGUCGUCCUCCGUGCCGGCAACGACAGGAACGUCUCCAUCCGGCAAGGGAUGGACCUUUCAGCCAAUCAGGAUGAGGAGAGCGACCAAGAAACCUUCCAACUGGAAAUCAACAAAGACACCAAGAAAUGCACCUUCAGGACCUAUACUGGGAAAUACUGGAGCCUCACCUCGAACGGCGGGGUGCAAUCCACUGCCUCGACUAACAGGAAUGCCAACUGUUAUUUCGACAUCGAAUGGCGUGACCGGCGUAUCACCCUAAAAGCGGCCAACGGCAAGUAUGUCACAGCAAAGAAGAACGGGCAGCUGGCCGCCAGCGUGGAAACCCCCAGUGAGACGGAGUUCUUCCUAAUGAAACUGAUCAACCGGCCAAUCAUUGUCCUCCGGGGAGAACAUGGCUUCAUCGGCUGCCGAAAGGUCACCGGCACCCUGGAUUCGAAUCGCUCCUCCUACGAUGUCUUUCACCUGGAAUUCAACGACGGUGCCUACAAUAUCAAAGAUUCCACCGGGAAAUACUGGAUGGUUGGCAAUGAGUCCUCCGUCACCAGCAGCAGCGACGUGCCCGUGGACUUCUUCUUUGAGUUCUGUGAUUACAACAAGGUGGCCAUCAAGGUGAACAACAAAUACCUGAAGGGCGACCACGCCGGCGUCCUCAAGGCCUCCACCGACGCCAUCGACUCCUCGACCCUCUGGGAAUACUAAGUGCACUUUGGCCUACUCCGUUCCCUUUGCUGUGUUCUCUCCCCUGCCCCUUUCAGCUGCCAAUUUUGGGUUUCUCUCUCUCUUU